AUGCUGGCGCUGCGUUGGAACCUCCUGAAAGUUAGGAGAAAAGAAAAUUACAAUAGAUGCGCAUAUUAUUUUUAUAGAACAUCAACAAACAAGAAAAGAGAUCAUUAUGAAAACGAUUUAAAAAGAGUUAAAGAGGUAAAGUGUGUGGCUUUAUUAAAUAAACCAUUAUUUCCUGGGCUUACCUAUGUUUUGAAUAGUGAUAAAAAUGUGGUACAAUAUUUAGGAGUUCAAAAUAAUUGUAAGGAAAAGAAAAAUAUAUUUGUAGGCCUUUUUUUUCAGAAAGAAAACAUAAUAGAGACACACCAUAAAAUAAAUAACACAUAUGAUGAUAAUAAUUGUAAUAUAUAUGAACCUCAUCAUACUUUAAAUGAUAAACGAAUAAAGAUAGAUAAAAAUAUAUUAAGAAAAGAUAUAAAUUUAUUUACCAACAUUAAUGAUAUAUAUUCUUAUGGAUGUGUAGGUGUAAUAAAAGAGAUUCUAUAUGAUGAGGAUGAUGCAAAUAAUAUAUGUGACGAAAAGGAUUAUAAUAAAAUAAAUGAAACUAAUGAUAUUAUUAAAAAGGUUCAUUUCAAUGAAAAGAAUAAAAAAGAAAAGGAUAAUAAUUAUUUAUCAAAAAAACCUUUACAAAUGACAAAUAUGAACAGAGAAGAUGAUUUGAUAAUACAUGACAAAUUAAAAAAAAAUAAUGAAAAAUUAAAUUUGAAUAUUCAUAAAUCUAUAUAUCGCAUUGUUGUUGAGACAAUAGCAAAAAUAAAAAUAGAAAAGUGGAAUGAAGUUGAAAAAGUAGGAUAUAUAGAUAUAAUAAAAAAUAAAGAUUAUGAUAUUAAUAAUAAGGAAAUAAAAAUAUGUUACUUAGAAAUAAUUGAUAAAAUAAAAAAAAUAAUAUGUAUGAAUAGUUGUAAUAAUAGAGAAUAUAAUAUAUUAUUAAAAUAUUAUAAUACGAAAAAUUUAUAUAACCUUAUAUAUUUUGUUGGAAAUAUAAGUUUAUCUAAAAAUAUUAACAUUCAGAAUUUGUUAGAAAAAAAUAUUUUAAAAGAUCAAUUGAAAAUAUGUUUACAGUUAUUAUGUGAUGAUAUAUAUUUGUUAGAAAUGAAACAAAAAUUAAAUGACCAAAUAAAUGAAAAAUUUGAAAAUGAUAAAAAAAUUAUGAUAAUAAAAGAACAAAUAAAUAUAUUAAAAAAACAACAGCAAAAUAUAGAAAAACAUACAGAUGGAAAUAAUAUUAUUAAAUAUGAUCAUGAUUUAUUAUGUGACAAUUUUAAAGAUAAAUUAAUGUUAAUUCGUAGUUAUAUAAGUAAUGAAGCUUAUCAAAUUAUAAAUCAAGAUAUAAAUAAAUUUAUGUUAUAUAGUGAAAAUUCGAAUGAAUAUUCUUCUACUUAUCAAUAUUUAAAUACCACUUUAAAUAUUCCAUUUAAUAAGAUUAAAUUGUUAAAUGAUAAUAUAUUUGAAUGUGAAAAAAUAUUAAAUAAAAAUCAUUAUGGUCUAAAGGAUGUAAAGAAAUAUAUAUUAGAAUAUUUAGCUUUAUAUAUAUUAAAUAAAAGUAUAAAAUCAAAAAUAUUAUUAUUAGUUGGUAGUCCAGGUACAGGUAAAACAUCUAUUUGUAAAUCUAUAAGUGAAUGUCUAAAUAUUCCUUAUUAUAUAAUUAAUAUGAAUAAUAUACAUAAUAUGAAUGACUUGAUAGGACAUAGAAAAACAUAUGUUAAUAGUUAUCAAGGUCAAAUUAUAAAUUCUUUGAUAGCAACAAGAAUUAUGAAUCCUAUAGUUAUAUUAGAUGAAUUUGACAAAAUAAGUUUUAUAAAUACAAAUAUUUAUAAUACGUUGUUAAAUAUAUUUGAUAAAGAACAGAAUGAACAUUUCAAAGAUCAAUAUAUUAAUUUUGAAGUAGAUAUUUCUAAAAUAUUUUUUAUAUGUACUGCAAAUUCUAUAGAAAAUAUUCCUGAUGUGUUAUUAGACAGAGUUGAAAUUAUAAAUAUACAUGCAUAUACAAAUAUGGAAAAAAUAGAUAUAUAUAAAAAUUAUUUAAAACACAAAAUAGAAAAUGAAACAAAAAUUACAUCAUUAUAUUUAAAUAUAUCAAAUGAUAUGUUAUUAUAUAUCCUUGAUAAUUAUACUCAAGAAAAUGGAUUAAGACAAUUCUAUAAUAUCUUAUAUAAUAUAUAUAAGAAAAGGGCAUAUAUGUUGAUAAAAGGAUAUAAUAAAAAAAUAGACAUCACAUUAAAUAAUAUAUCUGAAUUUAUAAGUUCAGAUAAAUUAAUUACAAAAAAAUAUUAUCAUAAUAAUAUACACUUAAAUAUAAAUAAUGAAAAAAAUGUAAAUACAUGUGAGGGAUUAGUAAAAUCAUUAGCCUUUACUGAGAAUGGAGGACAAGUAAUUAUGAUAGAAGUAUCAAGUUUGAGCGAUACAAUUAAAUCACAUAAUUAUUAUAAUUUUUAUCAAAUGGGUUAUAAUGAUGAUCAUAUGAUAUCAAUACAAGAACAAAAAUUAAAGAAUAAUAAAAUAUAUGAAACAGAAAAUAUGUGUGAAUUAUUAAAUAAUAUAGAAAUGGUACAUCCUGAAAAAGAAAUAUUUUCAAUUUCUAAUAAGUCAUGUAAAAAUAUAUAUAAUAACAUUUAUGAAGAUAAUGAUAAAAAAUGUUUCACAUCUUCAUUUUUUAUGACACAAGAUGGUUAUAUCAAAGAAAAAGAAAGAGCAAUUCAGGUUUCUCUUAUGAAUAAUCAACCAGUAUUAAAUUCUUAUAAUGAGAAUAAUAAAAAUGUAUAUGACCAUGAUAAUAUUCUUCAAAAUAAUUCAAAUAAAUAUAAAAAAAAGGAAGAUAAAAUAUAUCCACAUAAUAAUUCACAUUACGAACAUGAUACUAUACAUAAUAAUAAUAAUAAGAAGAAGAAGAAUAAUUUAAAUUAUAAUAUUACUAUAACUGGAAAUGUGAGUAGAACUAUGCAAGAAAGUAUACUUAUUGCAUAUACUUAUUCUAUGAACUUAUUAAAUACGAUUAUACCAAAAUUUGAAAGUAAACCUCUUCAUAUAAAUUUAAGUGAUGGAGAUAUAAAAAAAGAUGGUACAAGUGCUGGUAUUAAUUUUGUUACUUGUAUUUUAUCUUAUUAUUUAAAUAUACCAGUAGAUAAUAAUAUAUGUAUGACAGGAGAAAUAAAUUUAAAUGGUUAUGUUUUAAAAAUAGGGGGAUUAUAUGAAAAAUUAAAUGUAGCCAAAAAUUUUGGUAUAAAUACUUUAAUCAUACCAAAAGAAAAUUCAAACGAAUAUCAAUCACUCCCUCAGCAUGUUAAGCAAAACAUAAAAGUAUUAUAUGUUCAUCAUUAUUCUCAAAUAUUUAAUUUUAUCUUUAAUAAUAAAAAAUAA